CAUGCCUUCACUCGCUCUCGCCCGCGCAGCCAACGCUGCCUUCUCUCCUGCUUACUUCCCUGUAGCCGUCUUCGUCGGCGGGACAUCUGGUAUCGGCAAGGCCACCGCGGAGGCCUUCGCGUGGUACACCAAGGGCAAUGCACACAUCGUCAUCGUCGGCCGCAACAAGGCCGCGGCCGACGCCGUCAUCGCGUCGUUCCCCAAACCCACCGUGCCCGAGGCGAAGCACGAGUUCGUCGCGUGCGACGUCUCGCUCAUGAAGAACAUCCAGGCGACGACCGCCUCGCUCCUCACGCGCCUCCCAAAGAUCAACUUCCUCGUCCUCUCCUGUGGUCUCUUCAACUUUAGGGGCCGGGACGACACCGAGGAGGGCAUUGACCGCCGGCUGGGCCUGCACUACUACGCGAGGUGGAAGUUCAUCUACGACCUUCUGCCGCUGCUCCAUAAGGCGAAGGAUGCGGGCGAGGACGCGAAGGCCAUGUCCGUGCUCGCGCCGGGCGACGGCAGACCCGUCGACUUGGACGACCUGGGGCUCAAGAAGGCGUACUCGUUCCCUAAAGCUGGCGUGGCGUCCCCCACAUACACAGACUUGGCGAUGGAGGCCUAUGCGGAACAGAACCCAGGCAUCUCCUUCGUCCAUAUCCACCCUGGCGUCGUGCGCACGCCACUCCUGCAGACUAGCCACCCCAUCCUGCGCGUGCUCAACCCGCUGACAAACGCGCUCUUCUACCCCAUCUCCAACUCGCCCGAGGACUGCGCGGAGCACAUCCUUUACGGCCUCCUCGAGAGCGGUCCGGGCCUAUCCCGCCGGAACAGCAAGGGCGACGACAUUGGCAGGACAGGCUUCCACGGCGACAACGAUGCGAAGACGCGCGUUUGGGAGCACACAAAGGCAGAAAUGGAACGCGCUCUCGCCAUCCCCGCCAAGUCGUCAUAAGCGACUUCGCGAUAUUGGACCCCUGUUCGCUGACUGUGUACUUUAGUAUAGUAGGCCGUAGUGCCGUUCAUUUCUCGGAACUUGUAAUAAU